CUCGGAGAAGCAACCAACCAUGGCGUCGUCGUCUUCGUCGUCCUCCUCCCCAAACCCAACCCAACUCCACCUCUCCCCCCACGCAACGCGCACCCAAAAGCUCCCCCGCACCCUCCCCCUCCGCACCCCCGCCGCCGCGCGCGGCGGCGCCGUCGCCGGAGAUGAUCGGAGCGCGCCACCGCGGCCCCGCUCCAUGUCCUCGUACGUCGAAUCGCUCCAAAACGGUACCAUUCCCGACACCUUCACCUUCCCCCCUCUCCUCAAAUCCUUGUCCGAUUCAAACGCGCUGCUCGAGGGCGAAACGAUCCACGCCCACGUCGUGAAAAUGGGCUUUGAGCGCGACUUGUACGUGAGGAACAACCUCAUCAGGUUGUACGCCGUGUGCGGGGACUUGGUGUCCGCACACAACCUGUUCGACCAAUUUCCCCAGAGAGAUGUGGUCUCUUGGACCACUCUGAUCUCCGGGUAUUCAAAGAUGGGCCUUCUAGAGCAAGCGAUCGAGGUGUUCUUGUGCAUGGUGGAUGAGGGUUUCGCGGCGGCGGAUGCGGUGGCGAUCGUCGCGGUCCUCGCCGCAUGCGCCAAAUUGGGGGAUUUGGAUUUGGGGAGAAGGGUUCAUAGGUAUGUUGAUAGUAGUAGGAUCAAAUUGGAUGUGUUUGCUUGGAAUGCUUUGAUUAGUAUGUACGCAAAGUGCGGCGAUAUCGAUUCGGCUUACAAGUGUUUCAAGAAGAUGCCUAGGAGGAAUGUGGUUUCAUGGAAUGCUAUGAUUUCCGGGUUUGUUCGUGCCGGCGAAUUCGAGAGGGCUCUCUCUUUGUUUAAGCGGAUGCAGGGUGAAGGGAUCGAGCCGGACGACGCAACCUUAGUCGGAGUUCUCAACUCCUGCGCUAGCCUCGGAGCUCUCGAAAUGGGGAGAUGGGUUCAUGUGUAUGUGGUUAGGAUCGGGUCGAAGGCCGACGGUGUUUUGGGGAAUGCGUUGGUCGACAUGUACGCGAAAUGCGGGAUGAUCGAUCAUGCCAUGCAAGUGUUCGACGAAAUGCGCAAGAGAGAUGUUUACGCAUACACAUCGAUGAUAGUAGGGCUCGCGAUGCACGGCCGAGGGGAGAAGGCUCUCAAUCUCUUCAAUGAGAUGUUGAGAGUUGGUAUAAGCCCUAAUAGGGUCACUUUUGUCGGGGUUUUAUCGGCAUGUACUCAUGCCGGGUUGGUUGAGCUAGGGCUUCGCCAUUUCGAGGACAUGUCGAGUGUGUAUAAUAUAACUCCUCAACUUGAGCAUUAUGGGUGCGUGGUUGAUAUGCUAGGCCGGGCCGGGUAUUUAGAUAGGGCCCGUGAGUUUAUUAGGGCAAUGCCGGUCGAGCCCGACGCUUUCAUAUGGGGGUCGCUUCUCGGGGCUUGUAAGAUCCAUGGUGAAGUUGCAAUGGGCGAAAGUGUGAUGAAGCACCUCUUGACUGUGGAGAAUGAGGAGGAUGGGAGUUAUGUGCUUUUGUCAAAUAUCUAUGCGGCAAAUAAUCGUUGUCACGAUUCGAACAGGGUACGAAAGGCGAUGAGGAGGAAGAAAGUGAAGAAGACCCCGGGUUGUAGUUCUAUUGAGAUAGACGGCGUUGUUCAUGAGUUUGGAGUAAAGAAGAAGAUGGAAGCAUAAGCUUUCGGGGUUUUAGAGCAAAUCAUUAUGAAGGGAGGUAUAGUUAAGAUCCACUGAUGAUGCGAGGCGAAGCAAACUAAUGUUGCAGGAAUGGUCAUUUGCGCACAUCAAUAGUCUGGCUUCUAAAAUAGCUUCUUUGCGUAAAAAGCAGAAAGCCUACUUUACUAAGUACCUAAAAUGAACCUCUACGCGUCAAGAUCUGAAGUUUCGAUAUAAAAAGCUUUUGCUUCUAACAGCAGCAGGAAACUGGCUUGUAUCUUUCGACAACUACACUCGAACAACACUUUUACAUAAGAUACAAAAGCGCCAAAGAAGCCCUAAAAAGAAGUUCCUUGGGUCUAUGUAGAUGAAUCCACCGGAAUGUUGAGGAUGUGUAGUUGAAUUAUCAUCAAAGAACAAAUAUGAAACAAACAAGCACU